GACAGUGAAGGAGCGUCGCUACUGUACGGAGAAGGGAAACAGCUGUGGUGGGAAAAUGUCUUCAGUGCCUGAUGGCAAGAAACUACUCAGAAGCCCCAGUGGGUUGCGAAUGGUGCCCGAAAAUGGCGCUUUUAACAGCCCUUUCUCGUUGGACGAGCCACAGUGGGUCCCGGAUAAAGAGUGUCCAAGAUGUAUGCAGUGUGACACAAAGUUCGACUUCAUCAGAAGAAAGCACCACUGUCGGCGCUGUGGUCGCUGUUUCUGCGAUAAGUGCUGCAGCAAGAAAGUGGCGCUGCCUCGCAUGUGCUUUGUGGAUCCUGUACGGCAGUGUGCUGAAUGCAGUCUGGUCUCACAGAAGGAGAUGGAGUUUUAUGACAAACAGAUCAAGGUGCUGCUGGGAGGUGGAACUUUUACCGUCACUUUAGGAACAUCAGAAAAAUCUGAAACAAUGACGUGUCGUCUCGCCAACAACCACAGGUAUCUCUUCCUGGAUGGUGAAAGCCACUUUGAGGUGGAGUUAUCUCGGAUCUCCAGCAUGCAAAUCCUGACAGAUGGGACGAGUCCGGGAGAGAAUGACAUUCACACUUACACCAGUCUGCUGGACAGUCAUUAUAUUUCUGAAGGAGGGACAGCACGAGCCAGUGGAAUGCUGCUUCACUAUAAACCAAUGGGCUCCCAGGAUGCACAGCAGCUCCGCAUGGAGGCAGUAGAUGACAAGAAGGUGGCCUCUUUAUGGUUGGCUGCAAUGCACAAGGCAGCCAAACUGCUGUAUGAAGCUCGAGACCAGUGACGUGCAGGCAGCCUGCAAGACUGAACUCCAGACAGCACACACACAAGUGUUUUCUAUGUCUAACUAGGGUUUGGUACUGCUUGGAUUCUAUUAAUGCCAGUUCUGAUUCUGCUCCUUGACGGUUCGUUGUACCAAAUCUUACAUGCUCAUUUUUACAGGAAAAUGUUUGUAAAGAAAACGCUUUGUUACCUCUUUAACCAAUACUUUGUACAUAAUGUUUAAAAUACACAAGCUGGUGAUUCCCCCCUCCCCCACCCUCUUUCAUUUAUGUCAGAUCAGGGUGUGCUGUUUUGCAUGAACACCCCUAUCACACCAAGCUGAUUUAGCCAGCAUAUGCUGACCGUAUUAAAAACGCUGGUGUACGUCUAAUAAGUUAUGGGUAAGUUUUGUAUAAGUUAAGAGCACAUUGAAGCACGCUGAUAUACGUCGUAAUAUGCUGAGUACCUGGAAGAAUUUUGGCCAUGAGUAAUAUUUUCAGCGUAUGCCAGCAUAUGUCUCAUACGUUCUGCAUAUGCGGGACGUAAGUUGUAGGCAAGUUAUGCGAUUGCUCACGCAGGUUUCUUGUAAGUUACUCAUAGGUCAAAAUACGUCCAUUGAUUGGCUGAAAGCUGCAGUCCUCAUGCAGUCAGACCAUUUCAAAUAUUAAAACCAUUCACAUACGGAGUAAAUAGAAAGUUUUAAUCUUACCUGUUAUUUUCAGUCGGAUUCAUCAUCACAGCCUGAUGAAAACUUAGUGUCCUGAUUGUGGAAAACGACAUAUGAAAAUACUUUAAUUCCUUGUCGUGGCUGAAGAAACAUAGCGUUUUUAAAGAAGUUCCUCUGUGGUUUGUGCAUUUCUCACCCUGAACCAGAGGACGUCAGCUCUUAAAAGUUGAAAGAGUCACAGCUCUUCAUUCAUUCACGGUCAGCAUUUAUCACAGCCCUCAGUUGAUUCUUCAGCAUUCUGCAUGUGAUGAAAAUUAAUCCCAUGAUCCAC